AUGCGAAUCCGUUCAAACAUUCUUCAAAUCACAACGAUCAUUUUUGCAAAUGCCGAAUCCCACCUGAGCUUCAGUAACCCCAAGAACUUGAAGCAUCCGCUAGAUCCCGGUGGUGCCGAAUAUCACGCUGCGAAAGCGCCCUCGGGACCACUUGACGUCUCGAUUGUCGUUGGGAGCGCUGAUUACUCACCCAUCGUUGCUUGUAACGGGAGGGAGUGCUUGGGACCGUUGAUGAUGAACUCAUCCUCCGUUGCUUGUGUCGGGAAGGCGGCCUUGGGACUGUGGGAAGUUGAUUCUCUGAUCGUUUGGAUGAACGUAUAUUCCCGACUAGUAAAGAGUAUUGAAGCCCCGCUGGCAGGCAUAACACAACCCAACAGUCCACAGAAUCGUGAGGCUUUCAACAGUUUUCCUUACUUGAAACUCACAUUAUCUUCUGUCUUGAGACUUAUUUUGUGUGGGCGGGCGCGAACCCAAUAUAAGAAGUGGCAAUGUGCACGCGGAACGGUGCUCAACCCUCCUCGUCUGUAUCGAUACUCGUUCCUUGAGAAAUGUUGCUACCUCGCAUCUCUCGACCAAGCAGCUUUCCGAUCUUCGGCGAGUGAGAUAAUCGGUUCGACCGAUGGAGUGAAAGAAAUAGCCAGCGGAUCAAGUAGCAUUCGCUCCUCGAAGAAAUGGAAACUUCCCAAGAGCUUGGUUGACAUUAGAACCAAGAGCCUGCCGAAAAUCCAGUGGAAAUCUACUCUUCGGGGGCUUCAAGGACGAUUAAAGAAAGACUCGCCACCCCCUGUGGGACCGCCAGCGACGGCCUCCCCAAUUGGUCUAGGUAGCCCUCCUGGCGACACUGCAGAAGCCGACUCACACGCAGAGGAUGCCUCAGACACAGAAGAGCUUUCGCAUGUUGGCACCACAGAGGAAGCUAAUUUAAUCCCAGAACACAGCCAUCACUCUAAUCAACCGGACGAUAGUGACUCUGACCACGGAAAUCCGCUUUCGCAUGUCGGUACCUCAGAGGAAGCUGGUUUGAUCCCAGAAGAAUCCCAGCAUAACGCACCGCAACCUACGAGUCAUCACUCUAAUCAACCGGACGAUGGCGGUUCUGACCACAGAAAUUCGCAUUGGAAUGAUCAUGCUCACCAGUCACCACAUCAGUCAGAGGGACUCAGUGAUGAAUCUUUGGCCCUCAUCCUGCAAGCGGAAGAGUAUGAGGCUCUUGAUCAUUCAGUUGCGCAAAAUGGUAUUGAUGCCACUCACAAUGAGGUCUGGGGAAAUUCACUUUCGCACGGUGAUACCUCAGAGGAUGGUCAUUUCAUCCCAGAAGAACCCCAGCAUAACGCUCCGCAACCUGCAAGCCAUCACUCAAAUCAACUGGAAGAUGGUCUUUCUGACCACAGAAAUUCGCAUUGGAGUGAUCAUGCUCCUCACUCACCGCAUCAGUCAGAGAGACUCAAUGAUGAAUCUUUGGCACUCAAACUGCAGCUGGAAGAGUAUGGGAAUUCUGAUCACUCAGCGGCACAACAUGGGGUUGGCGCCACUCACAAUGAGGACUAUCCUCACGAUCUUGUCGCUGCCAUGUCGGGGGAGAAUCAUAUCCACGCUCAUCAACCUGAAUCAGGCCUUGUGGAUACCCGUUCUGAUGCAGAAAUCGCCCGCCAACUUCACGAAUUUUUAUUAGCGCAGCCCCAUGACCACGUUGAACCAACCAGAAUUUCGUCUCCAUUGGGGGAGAACCAUGACCACCCUUAUCAAUUUGGAUCGAGUUUUCCGGACACCACAGGAGAUGCAGACUUUGCCAAAGCACUUCAGGCCUCUUUGUCUGCAGAGCCCCAGUCCCACGGCCACAUUGAGCCGGACAUGAUUGGUUCUACGUUUGGGGGGAACCAUGAUCACUUUCCUCAAUUUGAAUCGGGGUUUUCAGAUACCUCUCGGGAUGGACGAAUCACCCGCCAACCUGAGACCUCUUUAUCUAGAGAGCCUUAUGACCAGGCGGUGCCAAGCAGGAGUCGGGAUCAAAAUACAAAUCGAGCUCCAUCGACUCCAACUCCCUUCACAGCACCUCAGAAUGGGGCAUGGUCAAGCUCUCGCCAGGACGUCAGCCGAGUUCAACGGGGCUCUUUAGUCGAUCAAGCCAAGGAUUCCAUCUGCACAUUGGCUAAAUGUCUAUUAGUUGGGUAUUUAUUAUUUCGGUAUUUUCAAACAUAUCUGUUUCCGGCCAGUUAG